AUGAAGCUCUUCACCUCAACACUUGCCUUAUUUGGCCUCGCGAUGACGGCAGCUCAGCCUGUUGUCGAUAACAUCUUGGUUGAGGCCAGACACGCUCCAAUCGGCCAAUUCAUCAGUCACUGCUCCGUGCCCGGCACCGUCGCCCUAACCUUCGACGACGGCCCUUCAAUUCAUACCCCCGGCCUUAUACAAAUGCUCUCCAAGCGCGGCGUAGUCGCGACCUUCUUCGUGAACGGGUACACGGCUGCCUGGACGCCUGAUUGGCACGCUAUCGUGCGGCGCGCGUACAACGAUGGCCACCAGAUCGCUUCGCAUACCUUCUCGCACAGGGACCUAUCGACGCUGUCCUGGGCCGACAUGGAGUGGGAGAUGCUCGAGAACGAGCGUCAGAUUGCCGCCGCUGUCGGCGUCAUACCCACCUACAUGCGCCCACCAUACCUGAACUGUAACGAUGCCUGCUUGACCCUCAUGCGGAAUUUGGGAUACAGCGUUAUCAGCACGGAUCUAGACAGCAAGGACUACGAGAACCAAAGGAAUAUCUGGAACUCGGCGGGUCUGUUUGACGGCGAUUUGAACUAUGGCGGCAAUUUGGCCCUGGCGCAUGAUAUCUAUGGACAGACAGUGCAAGUGCUAACACCGCACAUGCUGGAUAUAGUAUUAAGGCGCGGGUUGAAGCCGGUUACUGUAGCACAGUGUCUUGGAGACUAUAAAGAUUGGUACCGCAGUCCUCGCUAA